GGCAGUGUGUAAAACUAGUUUGCCAACACCGCAUUAACACCAAAGAAGAAGAAGAAGCUAAUCUGUGUUGUUAGCAAGUCGACAAUAAAUAAACUGAAAAACGUAACACAGUGCAGACAUGUCAGCAGAUACUAAGAUUGCCGAGCUGCUCACAGAGCUGCAUCAGCUCAUCAAACAGACCCAGGAGGAGAGGUCACGCAGUGAACAUAAUCUGCUCAACAUUCAAAAAACACAUGAGAGGAUGCAGACAGAAAACAAGACUUCUCCAUACUACCGGACAAAGCUUAGAGGACUGUACACCACAGCCAAAGCAGAUGCUGAGGCAGAGUGCAGCAUUCUGCGUCAUGCUCUUGAUAAAAUAGCGGAGAUCAAGUCUUUGUUGGAGGAGAGGAGAAUAGCUGCUAAGAUGGCGGGAGUUUAUAGUGACAGUGACCCUCCCAGAAAGACGAUGAGGCGAGGCGUCCUGAUGACGCUCCUCCAGCAGUCGGCCAUGACGCUCCCCCUGUGGAUUGGCAAGCCGGGAGAGAGCCCGCCUCCUCUGUGCGGGGCCACCCCAGCCAGCAGCGACUACGUGGCCAAACAGGGCGACAAGGUGGCAGCGAGGGUGAAGGCCGUGGACGGAGACGAGCAGUGGAUCCUGGCUGAGGUGGUCAGCUACAACCACUCAACCAACAAGUAUGAAGUGGACGACAUUGAUGAAGAGGGCAAAGAGAGACACACUCUGAGCAGACGGCGGAUCAUCCCUCUGCCUCAGUGGAAGGCCAACCCAGAGACGGAUCCAGAAGCUCUGUUCAGCAAGGACCAGCUGGUGCUGGCCCUCUACCCCCAGACCACCUGCUUCUACCGGGCCCUCAUCCACACUCCACCACACAGGCCUCAGGACGAUUACUCAGUGCUGUUUGAGGACACAUCGUACGCAGACGGUUAUUCUCCUCCACUCAAUGUGGCACAGAGAUACGUGGUCGCCUGCAAAGAGAACAAGAAGAAGUGACUGACGACUGGAUAUCAGGGCGCCAAAGGAUGAAGAUGAAGCCUGUUUGGGAGCAUUGUUGUAUUUUGAAAUUGCAUCGAUCUCCAUUUUUAUAUAAAAAGAUGUUCAGAAAUAUCGGUCAAAACUCAAAUUAGGCUCUCAUGCUUUUGUUUCAAAUAAUAUGGUGCAGGUUCUGGUCCACUGAUUGAUCACUAAAGGUGAUAAUAAAUUGAAAAACCUAUGUUGAGGUGAGCUGAGGUGAGAGACACCAGUCAGUCAAGGAAAACCUCUCCUGAACAGACCUUUGUUUUGAUACUAGACUGUCAAAAUCGCCACCAAGAUAAGAUUACUACUACUACAUACUUUGCAGUGUGGAACUGGGACACAGCAACUGAGUUUGUAUUCUAGAAGAGAGCGAGCAGCAUCUAGCGGCCAGCAGAGGAACAUUUUACUGAAAACACCAGCUGGAGCACCCAGCUGAUUGCUUAUUCUGCCUUGAAGGGCCUAAACUGUACAUUUUUUACAUGUCAAGUGUUGAUGAUUGUUGUGUGAAACAAAAACUUUGAGACCAAAAUGUUUUGAUGUUUUUUCUUCAGGCACACAACACAUUUAAAGUUCAACCUUCAUCCCUGGAAUCAGCAACGUCAGGACAUUUACUUAAGAACUAGCACAAAUUUGAAGUACUUAUACUUUGUGUUUUCAUGUAAUCUUAUACUUCACUACAUCUCAGAGGGAAAUAUUGUACUUUUCACUCUACUGUAUUGGUCACUUUCACUACAAAUUAAGAUUUUUGCACACAUAACAGAGUUCAUAAAAUAUGAUGUUUUGUAGUGAAUUAUACCCAACAGUUUAUACAAGUACACCUGAAACAAUUAGUACAUCAAUCGAUCAACAGAAAGUUAUUUGGAAGGUUUUGAUGAUUUUCUCUAUUUUUACAAACCAAACAAGCUGUCAAUUAAUGGAGAAAAUAAUCAGCAGAUUAAUCCAUAAUAAAAAUAAUUAUUAACAGUUCAAAGUGAGCUCCACCUCAUCCGACUACAACGGUAAAAUUCUGCUUUUACAUCAAUUUAUGAGUCAUGAUAAUCUAAUGUUAUCGUAUUUAACUAUAGCAGUCACAGGGGACAUUUUUCUACUUCAUUUCCAUGAUUAUACUUAAAAUACCUUUACCUUAGUAACAAGUGUUGACCAUGCAAAAAAUAUGUUACAUUUCACCCUUAGAUAAAUUACUUAAGUAAGGUACCAAAAGUAAAAGUACUCAUCAUACAGAAUGCUUCAUUUUAGAAUUAGGCUAUAUAUACUAUAUUACUGGAUCAUAAUUUAUACAAUAAUGUGUUCAUCACAUUACUGUUACAGCUGGUAAAGGUGGAGCUCAUUUUAAUGCCUUUAUAUGCUACGGGGAAGUUUAUAAUAAAUACG